AACAUACCAAACCACAUGAAACAGGAGUCUCCGAAGACAAAGCCGUGGGAUGCCCAGUUGCAAGAAUUCCUGAAAGUGAUGGAGUCCUCUCAGUCAGGGAGCAGAAAUCCACACCAUCUAGGGCUGACGGUGAGAGACGAGGCCAGGACUGUUCCGUCCCCUUUGGGGGAAAUGUCUGACACCAGGGAGCAUCCAAAAGAACAGAGGCUGACCCAACACCUACCAGGCCUCAGAAGAGAAAUCCAACAUGGGGGUAAUAUCUCAUUAGCCAAAGACCAAGAAGGGUAUGGCAAAGUGAAAGAAGAAAUCCUGGAGGAAGAGACCAUUGGUGCCGACAUCAAAUGCCGGCUUUUCCGGACGUACCGCUACCAAGAGGCCAGGGGACCACGAGAGGCUUGUGGUCGCCUCUGGGAACUUUGCCAUCAGUGGCUGAGGCCGGAACAACACUCCAAGGAGAGAAUCCUGGAGCUGCUGAUCCUGGAGCAGUUCUUGACCGUCCUGCCCCUAGAAAUGCAGAAGCACGUGAGGAAAGGCAGGCCAGAGACCUGUGCCCAUGCAGUUUCCUUGGCUGAGGGUUUCCUGGAGAGAGGUUCACCUGAGGAAAGGAUGGAAGAACAGGUGUCGAGGCAGUUUGAGGAGAGAGCACCUAGUUUUCCUGAAGUGGAGGGGGCUCCUUCAAACAUCUGGCAGGGACCACACUUCAGGGAGAUCAAACAGGAGGGCGACAGAGAUGCUACCUCGCAGGCAGGAGAUGGGAAGGAGCAGAACCAACUGGGAAAUUCAAGGAAACUGGAACCACCGUGGAUGUUUUCCGGAAGAGCCAAACUAAGUGUUCCCUGGCCUGAUCGAGGAGACGUUUCUGCGAACCAGGAGCAAACUUACCCCGAGAAGGAGGGGGACAAGUUUAUUAAUUCUCAGGGUAGGUAUGUGGAACUCGAUGGCAGUGCGGUCCAGCUAACAAUCCCCUUGGGGGAGGUGCAGAAGAUCAGAAACGAGAGGGAGAAGGCGUGCGUUCAUUGCGGGAAGGACUUCCAGCUGAAGUGUAACCUUCAGGCCCACGAGAGAACUCACACGGGAGAGAAACCGUAUAAGUGUUCUGUCUGUGGGAAAGGCUUCAGCACAAGAGCCUACCUGAUCACUCACGAGAGGAUCCACACGGGCGAGAAACCUUACCAGUGCUCCGACUGCGGGAAGAGCUUCUGUGACAAUUCCAACCUGAUUGUGCACAAGAGGACCCACACGGGGGAGAGGCCAUACCAAUGCACUGACUGUGGAAAGAGCUUCCGGGAAAGGCCGGUCCUCAUCAGGCACCAGAGAAUCCACACGGGCGAGAAACCAUACAAAUGCAGGGACUGUGGGAAAAGCUUCAGCCAGAGCUCAGGCCUCCUGGUGCAUGAGAGAACUCACACACGAGAAAAACCGUACACUUGCACCGACUGCGGGAAAAGCUUUGGGGGCAAUUCGAACCUGCGGGUGCAUAUGAGAAUCCACACGGGAGAGAAGCCAUACAAGUGCUCAGACUGUGGGAACAUCUUCAGUGACAGGUCCCUCCUCCUUAGGCACCGGAGCACCCACCAUGAAGGAAAGAGCUAAACAUGGAUUGUAGCAUUGUCCUCAUGGGUAGGGUACUUGGGCAUUUUUAGGGUCUGAAAACCCCGUAAUGUCUGGAAACAAAACAUUUGACAGCCCCA